AAUUACAGUUUUCUAAACUUGAAGUGAAAGGCCACUGAACCAUCUUAUAGAUUUUGAUUUCUAACAAAGUAAAUAUCAAUCUUGAAAAGCCCACACAAACAAAUAAAAAGCCCAUUGGGGGUCUUUUUUUUUUUAUUGAGUAAAGGGGUUUUGGGAAUAAAAAGUGAGGAAACCACUGUGGUCUCAGACAUCCCCAGCCAUGAUUGCAUACUUGGCCCAUUUCUUGCUGUGCCCUCACAAAGCCCCAUUGUGAAGUCAUGGCAAGACCUGUCUAUAUAAGACCCUGGCUCGGCUGGGUGUUUGGUCUUACAGCCCAGGAAGCUUUGGUGACCUGUCGGCCUUUGACCCUAGCUAGUUUGAUUUCGACUUCUCUUUUUUUCAUUUUGUUUAUUUAGUUUUUUAUUUUCAUUUUUCUUUUUUCUCUACUCCUUUUCUCUCCCAAUUUUUUUUGCCUUUUUCUGUUUUUACUUUUUUCUUUUUUCUCCUUUUUUAGUUUUUCUUUUUCUCAAUUUUUCUUCGUUUCCUCCCUUCAUUUUCUUUGUGUGUGUGUGUGUGUGUGUGUGUGUGUGUGUGUGUGAGUGUGUGUGUUUUUCAUUUGUUUCUUUUGUGUUAGCGUUUUAGUACAGUUAGUAUAGUUCAUAUUGUUAGUACAGUUCAUAUUCAUAGUAUUGUUAGUAUUGGCAAAUUUUGUAGGUUGGUAUUGUUGGUUAGCAUAGUCCGUGUAAUUAGCAUUAUUUAGCGUUAGUAUAGUUAGUAGGUCACCAUGCUUCAGGGGCGUAAGGCCAUUACCGCUGGUGAGGAGGACACCUGUAUUUACGAGAUCCCCAAGACCACCAGUGAGGGCAGCAUCCCCACGAUGAAGCUGGCCCCGCACAUCCUAACCGGGAAGCAGUCUGAUGUGAAGUUCAUCAGGAAAACCCAGAAGGACCCCGCUGGCCUCCAGGGACUUUGUCGUGAAGCCCAGAAUAUGAAGACCUCAAGUCACCCAAGUAUUGUCAUGUCACUCGAGGUGAUCAACACCAAGAAAACGUUAGUCCUCCUUUCAAAAUAUGUAAGCAGAGACAACCUGUGUGAAGAUUUUACACACCAUCGCCAAGUGACGGAGGAGGUUCCAGACAAAUUCUGCCAGCUGUUAUCGGUUGUGGAGUACUGCCACCAACAAGGUAUGAUCGGCGAAUAUCAGAGGCUGGAGACACUGCUUUUUGAGAAGAAGCUGAAGGUAAAACACACGGGGGGUGGACUGAGCAUCCAGUUUGCUGGCUACAAACUCCACACUUUCUGGGACAGCCCCCCUUAUUCUGCCCCGCGACUCUUCCUGCAGCAAAGGGACGACACCCCUUCCGCAGACCCUUGGAACCUGGGGGUGGUUUGGUACUGCUUGGCCACCGGGUUUGAGCCGUUUCUGGGGGAAGUCUUCUGGGAAGCGGAACGAAAUAUCGAAAACAGGGAACACAGUGCUUUGAUUUUCAUGUCCCUGGAGACUGAAAACAUGUGGUACACGUUGACAACUAUCCAGCCCAUGAGCAGCACACCAACCACAGUCCGCUCCUGGAGCUCCGUCCCAACCUGUUCCAGCACAGGCCUGUCCUCAGAGCGGAGUAGUCUGACCUCCGAAGGGACCGGCAUAGGGACCACGAUUAGCGGGCCCAGAUGCAACUCACCAGCCACAAACUCCAACACCAGCAGUGAAUGCAGGCAGCCAGGGAGGAUGUCCCUAGAGCCAAAAAAUCAGGUUCUCAAAGCUCUUGAUAAAUUCAAAAAUUUAUUCAAAAAGAACAAUAAAAUAGAACCCCAAAAAAAUGCAAAUAAAUGAGAGCCAUAAGAGA